GGGCGCUCAUUACAGAGUUGUAGCCUCAGGGACAUAGGGACCCAACCCCAUUCCACAUUCCUAUUCACGCUCCUCCUCUUCCUACUGCUCUCCAACUCUUCAAAGUCCGUUUGCGCUGCCGUGCUGUGCUCUCGCCCUGCCAGGUUCUCUACCGCUUUCUUCUCUCCCCCUCUCCCAGCUGCGCGUGUGAGAAUCAGCGCUGUUUGCAAUGCAGGCGAACUCAACACGCGGCUCGGCACAAGAUCCCGAGCCGCACCUGGGCCAAGACUGGGGGUCCCUCCGGGCGCAGUGCCAGAAAGAGAGAACCCUCUUCUGUGACCCCCUCUUCCCCGCGGAGCCCAAAGCCCUGGGACCCCCGGCAGAGACCACCGCGGCUUCGGAAAAGGCGCUUCCUCUCGAGUGGCUGCGGCCCCGGGAAAUUUGCCCAAAGCCGUUCUUCCUUCUGGAAGGAGCUUCAACAACAGACAUAUGUCAGGGAGAUCUCGGGGACUGCUGGCUCCUGGCCGCCAUGUCGUCCCUCACGCUGGAGCCUGCCCUCUUCGAGCAGGUGGUGCCCACGGGACAGGACUUCGGCACGGGCUACUGCGGCAUCUUCCGCUUCAGGUUCUGGCAGUAUGGUCGCUGGCUGGAGGUGGUGGUGGAUGAUCGCCUCCCGUCGCGGGGCAAGCGCCUCGUGUACACGCGCUCCAGCACACGCAGCGAGUUCUGGAGCGCACUGCUGGAGAAGGCCUACGCCAAGCUGAAUGGCUCAUAUGCGGCGCUCAAGGCCGGGAAGAUUCUGGAGGCCAUGGAGGACUUCACGGGCGGCGUGGGAGAGUCGUACCGCUCCGACCCUGCGACCCCCAAACUCUGGCUCUGCGUCACCUCUGCUCUGGCCGGCAAUGCCCUGCUCGCCGGCUUUAUUAAGGUAGCGAGUCCCGCGGAGGUGGGUCGCGUGAACGAGUGCGGGCUCGUGCUGGGACACGCGUACUCCAUACUCGCCAUGGACAAGGUCUCUACUCAGGGGGGAUCCGUGCGCCUGGUUCGCCUGCGAAACCCGUGGGGUCGCCAGGAGUAUACGGGGGCCUGGAGCGACAAGGCCACUGAGUGGGACUCGGUGGAGCCACAGGAGCAACAGCGACUCAAGCUCAAGAAGUCAGAGGACGGAGAAUUCUGGAUGUCAGUGGAGGAAUUCACGAACUUCUUCAGCACCAUCGAGAUCUGCAGCUUCAACCCCGAGGAGACGGAGGGGGCCGACUCGACCGAGGGGGCCCCGGGAACCCCAACGCCACCCUCGUGGGUCCUCACCACUCACGACGGACGCUGGAUCCCCGGCUGUUCCGCUGGCGGCUGCAGGAAAUACAAAGUCUCGUUCUGGACGAACCCCCAGUUCCGCCUGAGUCUACGUGCUGGGGACGAGGAGGGGGGGUCCCAAGGAGGAGGGCCAGGGGUGGCCCACCGAGGAGGAGCGGCCACCCACUGCACCGUGGUCCUGGCCCUCAUGCAGAAGAACCGCAGGGGGGGGCCGCCGGCGUCCAACGGGAAGGGGACCCCCGACUUCCUCUACAUCGGAUUCGCCGUCUACCCGGUGCCAGAAAAGUUCCGCAAGCAGAAGGACCCCCUCCCGUCCUCGUUCUUCGUGAUGGCGCGGCCCGUCGAGGAGACGCCGGGGUUCUCCAACGCCCGCGAGGUGAGUGUGCGUGCCCGCCUGCCCCUGGGCGACUACGUGGUCGUCCCCUCCACCUACGAGCCCGACGUGGAGGGCGACUUCUUCGUGCGCGUCUAUGCCAAGCAGGAGAACCGCUCCCGGAAAGCCGAGCCACUGAAGUGCGAGUUUAACGGAAGUAUUGUGUUCGCCGCUCCUGCCCCCACUGAACCCGAGCUGGAUGAUGCCGAGUUUCAGAAGCUGGCGGGCAGAGAUGGACGAAUCUCCCUGUCUGAGUUCACGCGUCUCGUCAACUCAAGGUUACCUGCUCGGAGCGCCCUCUCCAUCGACGCGUGUCGCAGCCUGGUCUCCUUCCAGCCCGGCAAGAAGAAGUCUCUGAGGAAGUUGAAUCUGGAGGAAACUCACCGGUUCAUGCUCGUCGUGAAGAAAUUACAGGCUGUCUUCCUAGAGUUUGACCGCGAUGGUUCGGGCGGCAUGAGCACCUUUGAGCUGGGACAGGGGCUCGCCCAGUGUGGUGUGAAGCUGCGCAUGGCCGUGUACGAGCGCGCGUGGACGCGUUUCGCGAGCGCCGACUCCAGCCUGAGCCUGAGCGCCUUCGUCAGCUGCGUGUGUCGCCUGCAGAACCUCUUCAGUGUUUACGAGGUGGAGAAGGAGAGAACGGGGGAGGCACUUCCCGAGUUUGACGAGUGGGUGACUGCGUACAUCGGGCUGUGAUGAACCCGGGUGACCCUGGUUGACCUCUGGUGACCUCGGAUGACUCCAGCUCAAUUCUACUUGGUUCUGGGAUGGCUCAUAGAGAAGUGGUGAUGGUGUUAUGAUGAUGAUUGUUAACAUGCCAUUUAUUUACCCGGGCCAACCUUUUUAUCAGAAGGGUCCUGCUACAUUGGGAUGUUUGGCAGUGAAUUCCAUAGUUAAUGAGAGCAUGGCUGCAUGUGGGAGAAAAGUGAUGAACCUGGAGGAAAUCCACCCUCACCUACAGCACCUGGCAAGCCCUGGUGCUGGUCAACCCAUCCAGGCUCCACCCUGCUGAGCUUCAUGAUGAUGGUAUUUGAUGGCAAUGGUGAUGGUAAUAGUACUAAGUGAAGACGAUGGUGAUGGUAUUUACAGUAUUUUGUUAUAAUGGCAGUAAUGGUGUUGGUGGUGAUGGUGCAAACAGUAGCAGUGAGGUGAGUUCUAAUCAUGGCAUUGAUGGUUUGUGGUGAUGGUGUUGACGAUAAUACAGUGACGGUGAUGUUGGUGGUCGUCGUGACGGCCGUGAUGAUAUUACAGUAUUUGAUGGUGAUGUUGGUGGUGGUAAUUAUCAUUGUGGUGGUGAUGGUAGUGGUAAUGAUAUUUCUGUAAUUGUGAUCAGGAUGGUGACGUCGAUGAUGAUGAUGAUGUGUACAGGUUGGGUGUUAGUUCCCUCUGUCUCUCUCUCCAAAUAAACAACACAUCGUUUUAACCUCCUAAAACCCGA